AUGGAUGAGCAGCUCCGGGUGCAGGUCGAGCAGGCCGCUGCUUGUGUUGUCGUGGGCUCUGUUUCUCUGGACAGUAGCGGUCGGUGCCAUGGUGGCCCUCACAGGGUACUCUCGGAAAGGGGCAGCGCAGCCAACCACGGCGGCCGUGGCACUCAAUCAACAACCCCUACGCAACGUCACAAUGUGAGGAGCGCCAUGGCCUCGGGUGCAACUGACGAACAGAGACACAGACGUCUGCCCGUUCUGCCUGCCGAGAUCCUGGUGCAUGUCGCGCGACACCUGGACACGGCCGACGCGCUCGCUCUGGCCGCCACGAACCGCCGCCUACACGCGACCCUCACCGGCUUUGUGUACGCACGGCACAUACGGUAUAGCACCUUCAGCAGCGCGCCGCUUUGGCAUGCUGUUUUGAGCCGCGACGGCGAUGGACUGCUCGAGCUCGCAAGGCGCGUGCUGGACGCCGGGGCUGAUCCUAACGAGCCCCCGCCACGCCGGAGACACGUUGCUCCAGGGACCUUGCUGGCGGACAACGAGAGUGCUACACUGCUGCUGGCAGCUAUCCGUCGUGGGAACACGCCACUCAUCUCACUCCUGCUUGCAGCCGGCGCCAACCUGUUCGCCCACGGGCAAACUGCCCGCCCACCCUUGGCCGAGGCAGCGCACAAGGGUAGGCUCGACAUCGCACGUCUGCUGGUCCGGAGCCAGGACGAGUCCAAUUCUGCGACCACGGCCCGGUCCUCCAGACGGGCAUUACUCGACCAGCGAGGUGGCGACGGCAGGACCGCGCUGCACCACGCCGCCGAGCGAGGCCACGGCGAGAUGGUGGACUUCCUCGUCUCCCAGGGCGCGCGGGUCAACGCCCGGGACCUGGAUGGCAUGACUCCUCUGUUGGGCGCCGUGCUCCGCGCCCAUCUGGCCAUAGUCCACGCCUUGCUUGAGGCCGGUGGAGACAUGCUCCUAGCCAGCCACGAUGGGCUCUGCGCCCUCGACCUCGUCGCGCCCAUCGUCCCGGUAGAAGGAGGCGACCACCGUUUAGCACUCCUCAAGACGGUCAUUCGCGCCAUGGGCAGCCAGGCGCCCAAGUCCAGCGUGUUCCAAUGGCUCGCUUGCGCUAAAAACAUGGUAGUAGAGCACCUCCUAGCUUUUGGCGUCGACCCAAACACCACAGAAAAUGGGAUAAGUGUCCUCGGAGCGCGUGCUUGCAAACUGCCGAACUCGCAAGACAUCCGCGCCGUUGGGCUGCUCAUUGAUGCCGGUGCAGAUGUCAACCAUAUCGAGAAACACAUGGGUUUCACGCCACUCAUAUUUGCUGCUACCAACAACAAUAUCGACGUAGCCAGGCUCUUGCUCGCUCAUGGAGCAUCGACGGCCAUCAGAGACUUCUCUGGCAUGUCUGCGCUGGCUUGGGCCACUUGCAAAGGCGACGAGGAUAUGGUGCGGCUACUUCUCGGUCACUUGGAGCGAGAGACGCCGCGGCCCGAGGCCACAUCGUCGCCACAGAGCGCCACGGCAAUUCCAGAAGUCCCAGGCUCCGCGGUCAAGGAGCAGCUUGCGUGGACAGACGACCAGGGGUUGACUCCGCUGAUGCACUGUUUGAACUCCUCCUGGCCGUCUGAGGCAAUAGCGACCCUCUUGCUCGAGUCCGGCGCCGAUGCACACGCCACCCGCCCAGACGGCGUCUCGACGAUGCAGCUCGCCAUCGACACGGCCAACGUUUGCUUUCCUCGGCUCCUCCUCGACAUAGGCGGCGUGGACCUCGAGGAGCAGGACCGGAACGGGGCCACACCACUCGCUCUUGCCGCCGACAUGGGAGAGCUCGAGAUCCUGUCCUACCUACUGCACCGUGGCGCUGAGGUUGACGUGCUCUGGACGCCGCCACUGAGUGGCUCGGAGCGGCGCAUUACUCCGCUGGCCCAAGCCAUCGAGUCGAAUGCCCGGGGCGUGAUGCAGAUGCUGCUCGACCACGGCGCAGACAUCGACAUGGCCUUCGACGUGCAUCCCCGGCUGCCCACAUUGAUCAAAAGACGACGUGUCAACAAGACCACGGUCGAUCUGCUCUUUGGGUUCAUGACCGAGGACCAGCGCGCAGAAGUGCCUCCACCACAAGCAAAGGGCGACAAGAAAAGCGGGAGAUGA